UACGUUUUCCUUGAUGUGUUGAAAGGCGCCGUGAUUCUCGAGGAGAUGAUGCUGCGGCACCUUGCUGGAGCUAGAAGUCUGUUACCGAAAAUCCACCGAAAUUCGUUUGUGGGCUCUCUCACUUGUCGACGUCUGGCUUCAAACACAAAUCGCUCGGGGUCUUUGGAUGAGGCGGAACUAGCGGCGGCCAGACGAUGGAUCGCGAAUUGCACUCCAGAUUCAAUCCCGAAGAAUUUGGGACAGGUGUCUUUCAGUCGAUCAUCGGGUCCAGGAGGGCAGAAUGUGAACAAAGUAAAUUCCAAGGCGACUCUACGUCUUUCGCUUGAUGCACUUUACAACUGGGUGCCGCGUCCCCUCCGUGCCAGCAUCAAGGACUCCCGCUAUUACGCUCCAAACUCGAAUAGUCUGAUAAUUCAAGCCGAUGACACCCGAAGUCAGGCCAAAAAUGCAAACCAAUGUUUUGGAAGAUUGCACGAAUUGAUUUUGCAAGCUGCACGGAAUACCAUACCCGGAGAGACGUCAGAUGAGCAGCGAGAACGCGUGAAAGGAUUAAAACAAGCCGAAAAGGAAGCAAAGAUGCGAAUGAAAAAAGGCCGUAGCGAUAAAAAGAGUGCCCGAAGGAAUAAAGGUUCAGAUUAUUAGAAAGAAAGAUACCCUAUGCUACACCAACGCCGAGCG